AUGUUACCCGAGACAAAGGGGACAGAUGAGUUGCCAGCUGCGCAUCCAACCUCUUCUAUGGCGCAGCAGCGGAAGACAGUAGGAAACUCUUCUCAGGCGGCCUGCAAGCAGUAUGCAGCCCAGAUGAAGAAGGACGUUCUUGGGGCUGAUGAAGAGCAGAAGGCCAUGAGGAAGAAGGAGGGGGUAAUGAGGAUCCAAGCUCUUCCGGCUGCUGUGGUUCAUCGUUCGUCAAAGAGUACAGCCAAGGCAUUCCAGGCCAAACUUUGGGAGUUGCCCGACAAGAUGACGCUUUACCCAUCCGACCAGAACCUUGAGCAAGUUCUGGAUGAAGCACUCAGUCAAGUGAAGUCUUCAUGGAGCGCUCUUGAUGGAGCGCUCUUGAUGAAGAGAACGGGCAGCAGGCCUGAUUUGCAAAACACAAAUUCGACUGGCCCAAAUAAAUGUACAGAAAACUGGCAACUCUUCUUCUGUCAAGUUCAGCUCCCUUCCAACUAA